GGCACAGCGCCUCCUUGUGCUGUAUGUUCCCGUCGAAAACCAGGGAGGGAGAGAGAGAGAGAGAGAGAGAAGAAAUUCGAACGGAUUUCGAACUCGCAAUCGCGAGCUUGCUCGGACCACUCUCCAAUUCCGGUUCAGCACUGAUCGGCACCUGGAUUCCGGCCAUCCGAUCCUUGCGUAACUGCCGUGAAUUCCGACCAAUCCACUACUAUCUGAUAAUUUCACUGGUUUUUUUUUUCCUCUUGUAAUUAUUGGAGUUACUGGCGGACAUUCAAUGAGGGUUUCGCGUGGGGGGCGAUCGAAUUGGGGCGUUGGAGGCAUUGGUGGCGAGUUCUGGCGGUUUCUUUGAGGGUUGAAUUUCGUCUGGAAGGGUGUGAGUGAUGUUGGAUUUUAGGGAGGGGGGAUUAGGGUUAGGGUUUUGGGGGUAGCUGGCUUUCAGGGUGGGUCGGGGUUUGGGGGAGCUGGUGUGCGAGAUGGAUGAGAACAAUACCGAGCUUGAGGAAGGAGAAGCUUGCUAUUACAACGCCGGGGUCGCCGGCAAGGACAGCAACAUUGACGCUGAUAUUGACCUCUCUUACAUUGAUGAGAAAAUUCAAAAUGUUCUGGGUCAUUUCCAGAAAGAUUUUGAAGGUGGGGUUACUGCAGAGAAUUUGGGGGCAAAGUUUGGUGGGUAUGGCUCUUUUCUACCUUCCUACGAGCGUUCACAUUCUAUCUGGUCUCGUCCAACUCCACCAAGAAAUAAGAUCAUGGCUAAAUCACCAAAUCAUUUUUCCACAGAGGGUGUGCAUUUUAAAGCUCAUGCGGCUGUGUCCCCUUUAGGGAAACCUGGAACUGCAUCUGAUGCACCAACUUUGCAUAAUUCAAAGGUUCUGCCAAAUGAUCCUUUGAAGCAAGAUUUGGCGAUUUGCUCUGAGCUGGUUCCUAACUGUUCAAUGAAAGAAGAUAUUUCAAACAAGCCAGGCAAUCAAUCUGAUCAGCGGACUCUAAAGGUCCGACUUAAAAUGGGUUGUGAUCCGAAUGCCCAGAAAAAUGCUGCAAUUUACAGCGGUCUUGGGCUUGACAAUUCUCCAUCUACAUCAUCGGAAAGCAGCUCCGGAGAAAGCGAGGACCUAUCAGCAUCAUCUGGAGAGAUUAUUGAGGUGUCUCCUGCUGGCAUUCUUCAGGUCAUGACGUCCUUUCCAGUUGCUAAUGUCGGCUUGAUAUCUCCUCUUCAUGAGAAGUUGCUUUCCUUGACAAAAAAGGAAAAAUCCUUCGAGGAUAGUAAACCUGUUCAAUCCCCUACGGGCAGCAGAAAAGAUGUCGCCAUAUUAGAGGAUCUUUCAGUCAUCCUUCCGGCUGAUAAAGAGUUGUCUAAGGGGAUUAAGACAAUAUUGGACAACAGGAACGGAAGUUUAAUUCGACAGAGGUAUGAAGCAGGAGUUGAUUCUGACGCCAGUAAGUCAUCAUCAGUGAAGAAAAAAGUGAAGAAUGGGAUGAUAGAUGGCAAGCAGACGUUCGGUGGCAAAGGCAAAAAGAUGCCUUUGGCUGAUUCUAGCAACAGUUGCGACGUUGAGAGUCCAGCUUCUAAUCCAUCUGAAAACCUUCAAGUAAACAAAAAGAAUAAGGUGAAAGGCAGAUCAGUGACGGUUUCGGUAAAGGAUUUAUCAUCAAAGCCAAUUACUAGCCAGGAGACUGGUGUACAGAUGCAGAAUGGAAGGAACAAUUUGACUGAGAAGUCGCAAGAAUGUGGGCCUGUAAACUCCCUAAACAAGGUGUCGGGUCAAUUGAAAGUUAUUGGUGAGUGGAAAGGUGAAAAAAUUGUUCUUUCAAAAGGUUGUCCUCAUUUAAGUGAAAAUAGGGAUGAUUUUGAGGCUGGGCUUGUGGAGCUUGCAAGAUGGGAUGCUGCAUUUGAUAAGCAGACUGACACUGACAUUUCUCAUCAUAAGGAAAUGCCAGUAAUGGGAGUGAAGAAAAAGUCAAAGGGUCUUGAGAGCAAUGGCAGGGCAGCUGAUCUUCCAUUGACAGAAAGAUCAAAGGUUGCUGUUGGUACUGGAGUACAAGAUAAAAAGGGAACUAGUAAUGCUAGCUCUCCUGCUAAAAAGAGGAAGUUUAAGUUAAAGCCAGAAAAGCAUAGUAUUAAGUCUUCCGGUAUUCCAAAAGAUCCACUAGGGAGCAUAGAUAUGGGACAGGCUGAUAAACAUAUGGAAUCUUUAGCUAUGCCUUCCACCGAAAGGCAGAAGGCAACCAACUCAAGCAAUCUUCCAGAGGCGCAUGAUACUCUCUUGAAUAAAUCCAAGGAUAGAUUUAGUGGUGGAAAUACAUCUGUAUCUGGGGUAUCAGUAAAAGAUGGUCCUGCACGUCUUGGGUCAGAAAAUGGACUCAAUGUUGAGACUAAGCCUGCUGUGGUUCAACAAUAUGUGGAAGAUUGGGUUUGUUGUGAUCUUUGUCAGAAAUGGCGGCUUCUACCCUUUGGUAGGAGACCUGACGACCUACCUGAGAAGUGGGUCUGCAGCAUGCUCGACUGGCUGCCUGGAAUGAAUCAUUGUGACAUUAGUGAGGAUGAGACCACGAGGGCCCUUAAUGCUCUAGUUCCCGAUAUUCUAAGUCAUUUGAAUGGAUCUGCAUCAGCAGUCAUUUCUACGAAUAAUCAAUCCCUUGGCAAGAGCAACCAGAAUCUCCGUGGUCAAGCCACAGAUGGUCUAGGAAAGACUAAACAUAGUCUGAAGGAUGCUCUGCAAUCAGGCAACGGGACUGUUCAGUUUCCCAACCCCAAGAAGAACCAGUUCUCAGAGCCUGGCAGAAGCAGAAGCUUGAGUGACAUGAGUGAACAUCCUUCUGAUUCAACAUUAAAGAGAUGUGAUUUGCCUCAGUCAGGCAAGUCAAGCAUUACGGUUGUGGAGAAACAGUUACCUACAUUGAAGAAAAAGAGUGCAAAUGGAGGGGUUGCCAAACUAAUAAAGGUGAAGGGUAAGAGGAUGCCUGAUCAAUAUGAGUCCGGACCCUCUAAAAGAAUUAAGUCAGAUAAAUCUAUUUAUGCUGCCGAGCGAGAAAAUCCGGCUGCUGAACUUGGAAGAAUGGAUCUUAGCUCAAGGACUCCAGGAUCAUCUACAGAUAUUAGGAAGAAUAAGCAUCUUCAAUCCUUUUCCCCAAGGGAGGCAAAGCAAGAUUCAAGAAAAAGAAUAUUGGUCUCCAUAAAGACUCUUGGAGAUCAACCUCAGGUUUCUGCAGGUAGUGCAUCGGUAGAUUCGAGAGGUGAUGGUAGCAACUCCCGUAGGAAGCGGAAAUUUAACGGUAGCAUUGAUGAUGGGAACUGUGAUAGGACAUUUCAUCACUUAGCACAGGACUUGAAGGUUUUACCUGAUGAGAUCGGUGAUGAGAUUCUUAGAAAUGAAAAGAAGCUGCGAAGAUCGGAGACUGCGCUAAAGGAGUCCGGUAGCAGCGAUGGCAACAAUAAGUCCAAAAACGAAAUCAGGGUCAUGAGAGAUUUGUUUGGAAGUGAUUUUGCUGAUUGCGCUGAGGAUUUCAAAGUAGAUAAGGACCAGAAACGGAAAAAAGCCAGAAAGAAGCUUCAAUCUGAUCAUGAUUUGACAAGAGGCAAUGGAAGACAUGAACUGGUUACACUUGCUGCGGCUUCUAGCUCUUCAAAAGUAUCGGGUUCUCAGAAGAUGAAAGGAAACAAUGAAGAAGUGAAAGGUUCGCCCGUAGAAUCUGUUUCCUCAUCCCCCAUGAGGGUGUCCAGCUCAGUGAAGUUUAGAUCUGUAGGAAGUGAUGUUAGAGGUAAAGGUGAUGCUGCAAGUUGUGAUUUUCUAGUGAUGGAGGCUGCCAGAAAAAGCAGGGAGGAGAAAGCCAGUGGUGGUAACAGAAUUCCCGUAAAGAUAAAGAAAGAGAAAGUUUCACGGGGCUAUAAUUCCGAGUCUCUAAGGUCUGGCACAGCAGAUUACCGAGACAGAGGUGCUAAUUACAAGUUUGCUGAUGAUGCUAAGCCAACAGCUGGAUUGGGAAUUGGUCAUCUAGAUAGAAAAUGUGAUUAUUCACAGAAUGGUGAGUUUCACAUGGAAAAGCAUGGUUCAAGUCCUAGCUCUUAUGAGAACAGGACGCACAAGAAGUGUGCUGGCAGCACUUUGUUUCCCCAGAAGCAAGGGAAUAGUUCUGUUUUGCGAACUAAGGAUAGUGAUGUGGAUUCUGCUUCUGACUUUAACAGAGACAAGGUAAAGACCGUAGAUUUCUCAUCAAAGAAGGAGCCUGUUUAUCAAACUAAGGAGCAAAGGCAUGACUUGGUGGUCGACCAUGGAGCAAUGCAGAUUGAUAGAUGUCCUGUUGAGAAGAAUGAGAAGAACCAUAUUAGCAGGAGGGGAUCUUUAGGAAACCUGUCAAAUGGCAGUUUGAGGGACGAUCUUCAACAACAAAAUGAGCGUGACUUGUCAGAUGGGAGGUUAAAUGCUGAACAUGAGACUAACAAAUUGGCUUCUCCACCACAGAAGCUGGUCCAGGAUUCUACGAUACGAAAUAAAGCUGAUUCCUUGCAGUUAGAGAUGAGAAGUGGGAAGUCAAUGUCAUUUAUACGUUGUGAUGAUGAUGGCAAACAACAAAUAUCUACUCAUGAUUCCUUACCGGAGGUACUGCAGCAAGGUGUAUGCAUCGAAUCUCCACCUGAUGCUUCUGGCCAUAGUGGUCCAUUGAAGCCAUUGAGCAAAUUGGGGAUUGCUGGUAAAAAGAAAGGGGUGUACAAUAGUGCUGGGUGUGCUACGCCUGAACAGCAUGAGCUCAAAGAUGUUGCUUCAAGUCCAUUAAGAGCCAAUUUUUCAAUUCAGACUGCUGCUAAUGUUCUGAAAGAAGCAAAAGAUCUUAGAAAUUACGGUGAUCGUCUUAAGAGCUCUGGAUUUGGCUUUGAAAGUAACGAGGCAUGCUUCCAGGCUGCCCUGAAGUUUCUUCAGGGAGCUUCACUUCUAGAAACUUGCAAUGGUGAUGGCAGCAAACAUGGUGAAAUGACUCCAAUGCAAGUGUACAAUUCUACAGCCAAGCUUUGCGAAUCAUGUGCUCAUGAAUUUGAGAAAAGCCAAGAAAUGGGUGCUGCUGCAUUGGCCUACAAGUGCAUGGAGGUGGCGUACAUGAGGGUUGUCUAUUGUAAAUAUUCAAGCUUAAGCCGAGAUCGGCAUGAGUUGCAAGCUACACUGCAAAUGGUUCCUCAAGGUGAAUCACCAUCAUCUUCGGCAUCAGAUGUUGAUAACUUGAACAAUCAAGUAGCACCGGACAAGCCUAACUUAUUGAAGGGUGCUGCUUCACAUGCCGUAGGAAAUCACAUUGUUGCUGCUCGGAACCGUCCCACUAUAGCUCGGCUGCUUGAUUUUACAUUUGACGUUAAUUGUGCAAUGGAAGCCUCAAGAAAAUCACAGGUUGCUUUGGCAGCAGCUACUGCCAACCUGGAAGAGGCACAAAACAUUGAGCAAGUAACUUGCAUUAAAAGGGUAAUUGACUUCAGCUUCCAGGAUAUAGAUGAACUAUUACGGCUGGUUCAGCUCGCAAGGGAGGCCAUAAGCCGGUCAGGUAUCAAUGGUGCUAGGGAUUAAGUCGACUCUUUACAUAUGUGCUUGUUGCCCUUGGUGAGCAAGGAUUGAGAUGGAUAAAAUGCUGCCAUGAGCACCUGGCAACCUGCAGGAAGGCAGGUCACCUAGAGUCACCUCUCUGUACAUGUGUACAAAGUGAGAUUGAUCUGAAAUUUUGUGAUGUAAUUUUAGUGUUUAGAUAAAUUCUAGACGUGGAUAAGGUGCACAGUUCUCAACCUUAAGUUUCAGUGGUUGGGAUAAGAGGAAUGAGUUUUUUGCUUUGCUGGCGGUACAAUUGAGAAUCAUGUAACAUAUCUUUAUUGUUUUUGGCUCCUCUGACUGGGAGCAGGAAAGGUGAAUUAUUAUUGAGAUCAAACCAAGUCAAAUUUUUUGAGGAGGUUCACUACUGUCACUGUGAAAUUGGCCAUUUGUACUAGAUUCUGACAAUUGGUGGCUGUUCUGUUGUUUAUUUUUGGUUUCAUAUUAAAAAGCAGUUCGAUGGAAAUAGCAAAUACAAUUCUUGGAGACAAUGAACUGUGUAUGUUGAUGCUGUUUCAGCUUUUCUCUUUAGUAACUCCGACUUUCCAGUCAUUCUAGCUGCAGGUAAGUAGUUUUAUUUAAUGUAGCGGCACCUCUUUAAUCUAUUUUUACUCCCCUUUCUUUAGACAAGUUUUGAACGUCUUCUUCUGUGUAGGUUGGUUAUAGCGCUUUGCACUUCUAUUCUUGCAAUCCAAUUUUUCAACCGAAGGGAAGCAACCUGCAGAUCUCCUCCAGAUGACACUACAUCUUCCAUGAGAUGUUCUCUGACGUGUAAUCCAUUUGACUUUUGCUAGUCUUUUGUUUUUCCAUGCUUAUAUGGUCUCUCUGUUUGUGUAGUUGUUUUAUUCUUAACCUGCAUUGGUCCUCUUUGAAUGCACUUGGGGACGGUAAGAUCUGCCGUGCCUGCAUGGAUGAAGUAUGCUGGUGGUUUCCAACUUCAUCAGCAUCUCUGCAGAGGUAAACUUAGAGCUGUCUUCUGCGGAAUAGAGAUGUCUCUGUGGUUCUUGGAAGGUGGUGGCCUCAGUCGAUUAUUUACUUAACUAUGAGGCACAAAUGAACCUCUUUGUUUCUCUUAAAUGGAUGCUAGCCUCAGUCCGUCGUUCCAAGAAACAGAGUGAGCAAUUAUGUUCGCAGAGGAUGGGCAUCUCUUUACAAUGAAUUAUAUAUAUAAUCCUUAACCUUUGUGCACAUUCUUUGACUGUUUUUCAAUUCCUAUUAUUUGUCUUGUUGCACGCAGGUUCAACUGUAUCUGAGGAAGUGUUCACAUGGUCCCCGGUUAGUUCAUUAUAAUGCAUGCGUUCUAAUAUGAGACAUCGACACAUGCCACCUGAAUAAAUGUCUACAAACAUGGAAUUUUUUGAGAAUACUGUGUUUGGAAGAUGGCGCCGGAAGUUGGUGAUAGCUUUGGUUGCUAGCAAUCUGAUAUCAAGUCCUUCAACAGUUGUCAUAUACAUUACCAGGCAAAUGUUCAAUGGUGUAACUUUUUGAGCAGACAAAACUCACUAGCACUUGCAGCAGAUAAUCUGUACAUCAUACACAUUGUUCUGAUUCUGAAAAAAAUGUGCUGCGGGCAUUGAUUUA